AUGGCUGGGCACCCAUUGUAUUGGCCAUCAUCAUUUGUGGGAGAUGAUGAAGAGGUGCUGAGCUUCUCUUCAAGGAGAUCCAUGACAAGGGAGAAGCAAGGCAACACCUUAUUGAUGGCAAGUCCCAAGCGCAGGGGCAAUCUCGACAGAAGGAAGGGCGACGCCCUAAUUGAUGGAGGUGCCAAAAGGAGGAUUGUCAACGCCUUGGGCAUGUUGGAUGAGACCAAAACAUUGGUUGACGCUAGGUACCUUAGGAAUGCAAGCAAUGCCCCAGACUAUGUAGCAGCGCCAUUGUUGGCUCUUCAGCGAGAGCCAGGGGUCAUCAGCGACGCUAUGACUACGCUGGGAGUCUUCGCGAUGGGAGUUAUAGGCGAUGCUAAAGUGAACAAAGGCCUCAUCGACUUCAUAUCCAGUCUUGGCAACACCAGGAGAGACACGGGCAGCACCAGCAAGGUGGGCGAUGCUUGUCUGGGCAUUGGCCUAAGGGACACCAGUUUGGGCGAUGUAGACGGCUGCAUGAAUCUUACCACAUGA